AUGACCAAGUCCAGUUUUCUCACUUACAAUAAAGGAUCAGCAUAGUAUCUGGACAUAUCUGAAGAAAACAAUAAAAAUAAGGUUUAGUCCCAGAAUUCAUAUUAUACCAAAGUAGUACAUGCUAUCCAGCAAGCGAAGGACAAAAUUGAAAGAAUUUAAAUUCAAGAUUAGGAUUAUUUAGGUAUCAGAGAAUCAUUUAUAGAAAAUGAAAGUGAGAUGCAUGUGACUUAGUCUCAGCUUCCCAAUCUCCUUUCAAACUAUCAGAUUAACCCUUAAAAUCUCAAAUUAUUAUACCCCAAAGAAAACGAUGAAGAGUUUAGCAAAAGAAUUCUAAAAAAGGCUUCAUUAAAUUAAGACUUUAAAGAAGUCGAGUUAGAUUUUGUAGAAGAUGAGGAUGAUUAGGCUGAAAAAUACCUCUAUAAGAUGAUCACGCUCAAAUAGGAGAGAACCCAAUCAUUAAAAAAUAAGAAUAAACUCAAUAAGGAGGAAAUAAAAUGCAAAGAAAAUAAUGUGCAAGAAAUUGAGGAGGAUGAAAAACAGGAUAAAUACUAUAAUUUAAAUGAAAACUAGGAUCAGCAAGAUAUUUCUGAAGAAUAAGCGAUUAACUAGCAUUUAAGCAAUCAAAAGUUGAAUUUCAGCGAUGCUAAUGAUAGUGCUUUAGUUCUUAAGUAAUUUUACAGUCAACCUCGAUACAUGGCAGAAGAUUAAGUGAAUAGCACAAUCUAAUAGACUUAUUAGCCAUUAGAUCACAAUGAAGAUAUUUAUUAAUCAUAAUUAGCAACACCACUGAGUGGGGUGAUUCCUGAGAAGAAAAAUAAAAAGAGAAGAGUUACUAUCUGUGUUAAGAAAAAUAACAAUUAGUCUCCUCAUAACGAGCAUAAUGGCUUAAAAAAGAGAUCUACAAAUAAGAAAAAAUCUGCUGCUAAAAAUGGAGAGUUAUUAAAGGCUAAUUUAAUUAAGAUUGGUAAUGAUGUGACUAAUGGAGGAGGGAAUUCAGGCAAUCACAAAAUGACUGGUUCAAAUAAAUCUGUUGAUGAGGCGUUUACUUUAGUCAUAUCUAAAACAAAGAGUUAGAUUAAUAAUAAACUUGAAGAUAUAACUAGAGUUAAGAUAAGAUAAAACAAGUCUUUUUUAAAUAAAUUGAGGAAGAUAUAGUAGUACAAUGAAUUGGUACUUGCUGACAAACAAUUUAAGCAAGUCUAUGCUGAAAACCUUAAUGCAGCAAUUUUCACUUUUCCUAAAUUCAAAAGAAAUUAUUCUAAAAACUAUUCCAAAAUUUAGCAAUCCUAUGCAAAAAGUUCUAAAAAAAAAAAGACAAUUGUCUUUGACAUUGAUGAAACAUUGGUAUUUGCUGCACAUAACUCAAAUGAAAUGCCAUCAUCCUCAAUAGAUGCCACUAUUAAGAUAAAAGUUAAUAGAUUUGGAGGAACUCAAAAAGCGUAUUUAUCAUUCAGACCUUAUGUAUUUGAAAUGCUUGAGGAUUUAUUCCCGGACUUUGAACUAAUUCUUUACACCUGUGGCACUCAAUCAUAUGCUGCUGCAUUUUCAGAGUGUGUUCAUAAAUGGUAUUAAGAAAAAUAUCCUGAAGGCCACUCAAGUAUAGUACCUAACUUCUGUUUCUUUGAUCACAUUUUAUCUCUAUAAUAAUGCCUAUAUUCAGUUGAAAAUGAUCUUUAUAUUAAGGACUUAAAAAUAUUGGAAAAUGGAAGAGAUCUCUGUGAUAUUGUUAUAGUCGAUAACAAUAUCUAGAGUUUUUAUCUUCAAUUGACUAAUGGGAUACCAAUUUAUGACUAUGAAGGUGAUAAGACUGAUAAUGUACUUAUCAACUUAACUGCAUAUCUAAGGUAGUUUAAAAGCACAGACGAUGUUAGGAUAAAAAUAAAUAAAGACUUUCAAAUCAUGCAUUUUCUAGAAGAAAAGGGUGUAUUAGACCAGGUUGAUCUUUGA